AUGGCUCCGUCGGCAAUCUCUCCCGCCCAGCAGCACGCCCAGCUCGCAUUUGCCUCCAAGAAGGUCAAGGAUGCUGCGGCUGUCGAAGACCGUACGGAAGAUGGCUUGACCAAGUCCCUUAACGAGAUGAUGGGCAGCUGGGACAACUUCACCUUUGCCCCCAUCCGUGAGAGCACCGUCUCGCGCGCCAUGACCCGUCGCUACUUUGCCGACCUCGACACCCAUGCCGAGUCCGACAUCGUCAUCGUCGGUGCCGGCUCCUGCGGUCUGUCAGCGGCCUACACGCUCGGCACGCUCCGACCCGACCUGCGCAUCACCCUCAUCGAGGCGGGUGUGGCGCCUGGCGGUGGUGCCUGGCUCGGCGGACAGCUGUUUAGCGCCAUGGUGAUGCGCAAGCCGGCGGACGUGUUCCUGCGGGAGAUCGGGGUGCCCUUCGACGACGAGGGCGACUACGUGGUGGUCAAGCACGCGGCGCUGUUCACCAGCACCGUCAUGUCCAAGGUGCUGGCCAUGGACAACGUCAAGAUGUUCAACGCCACUACCGUCGAGGACCUGAUUACCCGCCCUGAUGAGGGCGGUGCUGGUGUCCGCAUCGCUGGUGUUGUCACCAACUGGACCCUGGUCUCCAUGCACCACGACGACCAGAGCUGCAUGGACCCCAACACCAUCAACGCCCCCGUCAUCAUCUCCACCACCGGACACGAUGGCCCCUUCGGCGCCUUCUCCGUCAAGCGCCUCGUCAGCAUGAAGCAGCUGGAGCAGCUGGAGGGUAUGCGCGGUCUGGACAUGCAGCGGGCCGAGGACGCCAUCGUCAAGAACACGCGCGAGAUCGUGCCGGGCCUGAUCGUCGGCGGCAUGGAGCUGUCCGAGAUCGACGGCGCCAACCGCAUGGGUCCUACUUUUGGCGCCAUGGCCCUCAGUGGUGUCAAGGCGGCCGAGGAGGCCAUCCGCGUGUUUGACCUGCGCAAGAAGCAGAACGAUCUGUGA